AUGCAUUUAUCCCAGUGUAAUCCUCCCUCUACAGUUGAGGCACGACCCCUGACGGAUGAGAACGAGACACUGGCCGAAGCGAUUGAGCAGCUCUACGAAAAGACGAUGGCCACGAAGACAAAGAAAGUCCUGGAGACGAUGGAGAAGGAGGCAGAGUUGUAUUCUGUCCUAGCAGCCAUCGCCAAGCGUCAGGACCUACAAGAAGAGGUGGCACAAGAGACGCAACGAUUAGUGAGGAUGGGACAGCUGUUGCACGAAGAGGUCGAUGGGUCGAGUUUGGCUCAAAAACGUCGGAUGGUUGGGUCAAACCACCUUGUGGAAGGAUUGGUGUCUCCGGUGGAUGCGGAUGAAGAGGCUCUUCAAAAUUACAUUGAGCAAUUUCACAAGACAUUUCGAGGCGACCCCGACGAGGUAUAG